AUAUAGAGUACGUAUGUAUGCAUGUACACAUAUGUACCCUACAAAAGGGUAGGGUGAAUACGAUGAGAGAGCUUACAAGCGCUUGCGCGGUGUCCAUGACUACGAUGCAAAGUGGUUUACGACGACCUCUAUUUGUACCGAUGUAAAGUCUUAUUAUGGUAUCGUCACAGUACUCGUUGAGAAAAAAGCUCUAGUGUGUGUGGUAAUUUCCUCUCGGUCAUACUCGAAGCUCGGACACCAAGGAGAACGUUAAAUAUUUCUCAGCCUCUGUUCCACGAUCCAUAUAGAUCUUUUCUAAGAUCAAAGUAUAUCAUUGAAAACAUUCUUUUAAAGCACAACUGACGUUCAGGGUCACGGAUAACACAUACACAAUUUCUACUUAUACCCAGUGGAAGAACGUGACGUAAAAUCGAGCUGAUUAAGCUUUUUUUUUAGCAAAAAACGUCUAAAAGAUUUCUAUCUUUCUUCAUUUAUCCAUCCCUUCUUAUAUUAUAUUACGUGUUUGAAGAGUGUCAUCGAUCGAGAUCAAGAGAAAGUUAGUUUAAUCACUAUUUUUAAAUUAGUGAUCCACGACGAAGAUCAAUCGUGAAAGAUACGAUGAAUUUAUUUCGACUUUAAAGGAAAUUUCUUUCGAAAUCUACUACAUGUGGAUGGCACUGAUCUUAAGUUACAUCCUGAGAAGUUUACUGAAGAAACUUCGUCAAAUCGACUCAAAGGGUAGAGGAAAUUUACGAAUAGAAACGCCACCUUCUUACGGACGUUUGUUCGUUGGUGGGAAAAUUAAAUUUCACGGUUAAUCCAAGGAAAUGUGUCAUUUUCUUUUUAUUUUUGGAUAAUUAUUCUAAUGUUAUCGAAAAAAAAGACAAAGAAAUGUCCUAGAAAUAAUUAAGAAAAAGUAGUGAACAAAGUUGAAAGGGUUGUACCAACUGCUUUUCCUUCAAAGGAACCUGAUGACUUUGAUUAUUUCUAAUGUGAAAUCCGUGAGAUUCGUGAACGUUCAGAGUGUUUCGAUUUUUUUAAAGAAAUCUCCACGUGUUAGGAGUAUUUAUUAACGGAGAGUGAUCGCGUGUGCUGCAAGCAUGUGAGUAAAUGGCCGUGGAAGGAUUAGUCGAACGACCUACUAUGGGCAUCUGCCUGGACACUGAGCAACAAAAUGGAUCGCAGGUGUUCGAGGAUCCCGAUGCUCGAAGUACAGGAAGAUGGCGAGGAGAAACUGGUUUAUUGGCGACCCCGCCUGAUGGACGUUUCACGAAGCAAAACGUGGGUCCUGUUAAGUUCGAAAUGCCGAAGGUUCCGGUCAUUUUUGUGCUCGGCGGUCCAGGUAGUGGUAAGGUGACACACUGCGAUAAUCUAAUGCAAGAGAGGAAAGGCAUAACACAUAUCAACAUGAUGGAUCUCCUUCAACAAUAUGCACUUGGAAACGAUAUGCAAGAUUUCGGUCAACUCAGCAGUAAAACCGUAUCGGAAGUUCUCAUGCUUGAAAUGAAAAUGUCUCCAGAGGCCAAAGUUUUUCUCGUCAGUGGAUAUCCCCGAAAUAUGCGGGACGUAGUCGAAUACGCCGAAAAGAUAAAAAUCGUCAAUGGUGUGAUCCUCGUGUCAUGGAGACAGGAAGUCCUCGAAAGACAAAUCGAUUUUGGAGCUCAGCUCGGUCACGUAAUUAUUGGAUUAGCAAGGAUGGAAUUACAUAAUUUCUAUAGAAAUGUUAUGCCUGUUGUGGAAUACUUCGAUCAAAGUGGAAUGUUAUAUGAGGUAAACGGAGAACGAAAUCCCAAUGAAGUUUUCAUUGAUUUCCGAGAAGCUGUUAUGAAAAUUUUAGGAUUACCGACUACAGAUGAGGAAGAAAAGAAAAUGGCCCAAUCAUUAGAGGCAGAAGUAAAGGUAGAAAGGAGAGAAGAAGCAAUUUCUAGAACACCAACGCCAAAAGAUCAUAUGGUUGUAGUCGAAAUGACUGAGCCACCUAUUGAAACAAAUACGAAAGCAUCUAAAACCGCGGUGAAACCUCGGAAAGGAUUACCAGCUUUUAUAUGGGUAAUAGGUGGACCAGGUAGCAAUAAAGCCGUACUGUGCAGUCAUGCUAUUCAAAAUAUGCCAGGAUGGGUUCAUGUGAGUAUCGGUGGAUUGUUAAGAGGAAUGGCAUCAACGAAUACGACUGUUAGCGAGGCAAUAGUAGCUGGUGAAAUGGUAUCCCAAGAUAUUGUGAUGCCAUUGGUCGAACAACAAGUUCUUUUGAAUCGUGACACAGAUGGUAUAAUCAUUGAUGGAUAUCCAAGAGAUUUGAAUCAAGUUCAAGAAUUCGAGAACAAAUUUGGGCAGGAACCGCCGUUAGUAUUAUUGGAUUGUUCGAAGCUUCAACUUGGUAAAGGGAGAUUAGAUGACAGUGUAUCAGCUUUCAGAAAAAGAUUAGAACUCUUUCGAGAAAUGUCAUUACCGAUGUUAAAAACACUGGAUAAUGAGAACCGAUUAGUAAUCAUCGACGGUGACACAGACGUGCCAAGUGUAAAAGAGGAUUUCUCGCAAGCUUUGUUUCAACUGACGCGACGUGUUCGACGAAAAGAGGAGGAUAAUCCACGUGGACCAGAAUCGCCAAAGACGCAAGAAAAUGGUGACGAUAUAGACCCAAACUUACCAAUCUCCGAUGACAACAAUGGGACCCAGGAAACAGAAGAGCAGAGACGUAGUCAUAAUAUAGCGAAUGGUUUCGCUAGGCAUAUGAUUAACAACGGUGUAUCUGAUCAAGUGAGCAAGACGAUAGAUAAAGUGGAAAACUUAAAUGGCGUCGUAGUUCAAGGUGUCACCAACAUGACGAAUGGUGUGCUCAACAAUGCAAAAAGGAUGAAUCAAAAUGGUAGGAUCCAACAAAAUGGUGGGAUCCGACAAAAUGGUGGGAUCCGACAAAAUGAUGGGAUCCGACAAAAUGGAAUAACCAAUGGAACGACGCAUAUGUUACAAAAUGGUGUGGCGCACUUGGCGAACGGAAUAAUUCCUGGUAAUAAUAAGGUAGCGCCGAGUAUACAGAAUUAUUUAUCUAACAAUACGAAAGAUCCCUUGAGAAAAAUGUACAACGAGGUGGAAGGAUACCAAGAAAAUCUUCACAUAUAACGUUACGAAGAAUACGCAAAGAAUAUCACCUAAUUUCUGACGUAAUAGAUAAAUCUAUAUAUAUAUAUAUAUAUAUAUAUAUAUAUAUAUAUAUAUAUAUAUAUAUAUAUAUAUAUCCGAUACUCGCAUAAAAUCGCAAAGAAAUUAUUGAGAAUUAAAAUCCUAUCGUAUACGUGCCUUAUAAUAAAAUUUUAUAGGUAAAAUGAUGCUGUGAAAUGCAUUAGUACAUGGCUUUUUAUACGCACUGAUAAUCUGUAAAUAAGAUUUAAAUGAAGAUAAAUCCUCAGAGAAAAAAGAAAAAUAUCUAUAUUAACAAUUCUUGCAUGAUUAAUUAUAUUUAAAAAUCGUCAUAGUCUCAUUUAUGUUGCAAUAAAUGAAAAAAAAUAUAUAUUUACAUACAAUAUUAAUUAUUUCUAAUUUUACAUAAUGGCAUUAAAUCUUAUAAUCUCAUAAUAUGAUUUAACUAUCUUUUUAUAGAUUAUCAUUAUGCGAUUUUUCUAUGCACUUUAAAUGAAAUAACUCCAUAUAUUUAUUAAUAUUAUCUCGUAUACUUAUAUUCGUACCGCACUUUUUAUGAAAAUAUUUUCGUCAAUCGAUAACGGUUAAACAGUCAAAUAAUCUUCAUAUCUUAGCGCGAUUAUUCGUGAUAAAAAUAAUGAAAGAACCAUAAGCCAGUUAUAAUGAUUAUAAUAAUACACAUCAUAAAAGGAAAAUUGAUAUAUUAAUGAUAAAUAUAUUGAUAUAUUAAAAAUAUAUAUAAUGAACUAUUUACGACUUUCUUUUUAAUAUGGUCGUAAGGUUCAGUUAACUAUGCGAAGGUACAAUAAUAGAUCUCUAAAUAUAAUUGCAUAUUACAUAGGUAUUAUUUUUUCGUAAAAGACACGCGCGACUGGUAUCCCCAAGUGUGUCAAAUUAAUACUCGUAUACAAAAGUACAUAAUUUGUUUAAAAAAAAAAAAGAAGAAAGCAGGAAAAGAAAAAAAUAAAAAAAAAAUAAAUAGAAAAAAAAUUAAUGAAUAUACAUUAGAUAAGAAUGAAUGCGUAGAUAUAUCAUAAAAUAUUAAUCAAAUUAUGAAAUAUAUAAACAAAUCGAUAAAAAAAUAAAAGAAUUCUAUUUUCAAUGAUCGAUUUACAUAUCUAUAUACAUACAUACAUACAUACAUACAUACAUAUAUACAUACAUACACACACACAUAUACACACACACGUUUUACAAAAUGUUAACUUAUCGAUGCCGACUACUUAUAUGAAUUUCUGAUAAACGAAGAUCAACAUUAUUUUUUAUAUACCUCAGAAAGCCUAUGUAUUAAUGAAUGACUAUAUGAAUCGAAUUUCCGAAUAAUAAUUUUUCAACUUUUCAAAUGAAUCAUAUUACGGCUGUAUAUAGAAAUAAUAAUAAUAAUAAUAAUAAUAAUAAUAAUAAUAAUAAUAAUAAUAAUAAUAAUAAUAAUAAUAAUAAUAAAUAAUAAAUAAUAAAUAAUAAAACGAUAAACUAACAAUAAGAAUAAACGAUCUUCUAUACGAAUGUAAUAAAUCUCUCAAAGUGUCGAUUCGAUUUAUCAUAUAAUUCGUAUCCGCAGGCGGAUUUCUAUAAUCGACAUUUAUACACAAACGGUGUUUCGAGCAAUAAUGAUUUAUAACGAUGAGUAAUAAUGAGAAAGUAAUUUAAACGAAUGAGAGAUUAUGAAUAAGGUACAAAAAACAUCUUUUUCAAAUUGGCGCUAAAAUCAGAUCAUAAGUUCAUUUUAAUUUUUGUAUUUGUUAAUAUUAUGAUAUAUGAUAUUCGUCUAUGAUAAAGAAUAUUUCAAUAUAUCGCGAAUAUAUAUUGCAAAUUAAUACUAUAUUAAUGAUGAGUUAAAAAAAAAAUUUUAAGAAAAAAUGAAUAUCCUUGUAUAUGCGAGACAGUAUUAAUGAAAUGAUAAAUAAUUAUGUCAUGUACGAGUCUAUAUAUAUUAUGUAUGAGUUAAUACAUAUUAUGUAUAAGUUUAUACAUAAAUUAGAUAAAAACACAUAUUAUGUAUAAGUUUAUACAAAUUAUGUAAGAGCAAAUUAUGUACGAGCCUAUACAUAUUAUGAACGAGUCUAAACAUAUUAUGUACAAGUUUAUAUAUAUUAUAUAUAGUUAAAAUAUUUGCAAAUGUAUCUAUCUUUUACGGUCCAUUAUUUUUCUCCUUUUAUGUAUUUUUACAUGAAUAUUUUUACAUCUACCUAAUGAACUUAUAUAAUCCAUGUACUAAGGAAAAAUCUUUUUAAUAUUUGCUAAUAGCAUACAGAUCAUAUAAUUAAUAUUUUGGACAAGUAGAAAAAAAAUUGUAUUUAGUUGAAUGUUGAAUGUACUUAUUCAUUAGCAUGCAAUAAACAUGUACGUACGAACACCGC